CAGACGUCUCCUUGAGGAAUCCGCCCUUCCACUUAAACCUCUGGUUGUACUUCACCAUGCAGAACUGGCUGCUUUACUGUGGAAGGGCAAUUGUCAUAAUUAUGUGUCCAGUGGAGUGGUGUCCUCCGAACAGGCCCAGUCCUGCAGACUACAUCCACCUGGCCUCCAACCUCCUCACUGCUCUGCUGCUACUAAAGAUCACCCAGCGGAGCCCCAAGAUGCUGCCCCACUCUGCCAUGCAGCUGAGCAUCAUCAUCUUUGCCAUGGGAACCAGCAUGCACCUGGUGGGUGACUCUAUCACCCAGCGCCUCAUCCUCAGUGGGUACCAGCCACACCUGCCCUUGCGGGAGAACCCUAUCAUCCAGAACGUCACGCCCAAAACACUGAUUUACUCUUUUGAACUUGUGUCUUACUAUGACGAGGGCCUUGGUCAUGUCAUGUGGGGAGUCCCCUUCCUCCUCAUCCUCUUCCUGUACUUCACCGGCUGCUUCACACACAGCGAGGAGGAGAGAAGCAUGCCGUACUCAGCCUGGCUACUUCUGGGGCCUAGUGCUCUCUUUUACUGGUGCGUGAUAACCGAGGGGCAGAUUUUUAUUCUCUUCACCUUCACUCUGUUCGCCAUGGCGGCCAUGGUGGUGCAGCAGAGACACAGAGGCUUCGGCCUCAACAGCAACGGGCUCUUCCUGCUCUCCAGCUUCUCCGUGGCCAUGGCUCUGGUGGUGCUGUGGGUGGCCUUCCUCUGGCAUGACCCUGUCCUGCGCAAGAGGUACCCUGGGGUCAUGUACGUGCCAAGGCCACGGGCCUUCUACACUCUCCACAUCCUAAAGACACACCAGCCUCACGGGUACCCCAGCUCUCAGGGCUGAUGCUGCGCAUCCUCCCCCCUUCCCCAGUUACCCCAGGGCACCCGAGAGGUCCACACCCGUGCCCCAUUUACCCCAGGGGCCUCAGAGAAAGUGACUGGUGGAGGGCAGGCUGUCAGGAGCCUCUGCAGUCUUCAUGACCACAGUACAUGCCCACAAUGGCCCAUAAUGACCCAAAGCCCAUAAUGACAGGGCAGCUCCUCCCCUGAAAGGUUUUAAUACUGAACAUUCCUCAGACUGAGAGACACAGCAAUGCCCAACAGAUCUGCUGAAGAUGAGUGAAUCUGAGCAAAAAAGAAAGAGCAUCUGUGUGUGUGUGUACGUGUGUCUGUGUGUGUGUAUGAAUGUGUGUCUGUGCCCUUUGAAUGGUUUCAGCACCCUUGUACCCUCUGCAUACUUCUGCUGCAUCAUGGACCUGCAUUGCUGAUCCUUCUGUGAUCCUGAGCUCUUCCAUGCUGUUCCUGUGUCCAGAGUAUUGUUGAUACUUGCCGUGCUGUAGAGGUCUGCACUCCCGCGGUAGACCCGCAGGUCCUGACUCAAAUGAGUGCG